AAUAAAUAUUACAAUUGAAUUAAAUGAAUUAAAUUACACUGAAUUGCAUAUUUAUUAAGUAUCUCUAAGUUUACUUCCCAUGGAUUCACUUAUUUUGGUCAACUUGGCAACCCUUUAUCCAUUCUAUGCAAAAGGGCCAAAAGCUUUCACUCAAAUGGAUAAAGGGCGGCCAUGUUAACCAAAUUUCCAAUUCGCCCUUUUUAUAAAACUAUGCGCUUUUACCUUUCUCGCACCGUCAUCAAAUCACUUGUGCAGCAGCAACUUAAGAAAGCGGUGAGGAUUUGCGGAUUACCAAUAAAUAAUAUCAAUUGAAGUCUGACCUGUGGUGUUUUACUUUAUCUGCUUUUUUUCCAUGUUUUACACUUUGGGAGCAAUACUAUAAUAUACAGUCCACUUGCAGCUACAUACUUGUUACCCAACUUGUACAUGGUCCUUCGAGCCGUCAACGGAAUCAGAAGGAAGAAGUUCAACAUUUGGGGAUCACGUCCACAUCAACUAUUAACUUCAAAUCUGCAUCAUAUAAAAUGGAAAAGAGUUCUGCAUCUAGCGUUCCAAAAUGUCGCGUCUGUGACGACCGACAUUUCCUCACGUCUUGUCCAAAGUUUCUUCGCAUGCCAGUGGUUAAGAGAAGGGAAGUAGUGAAGGAGAAGGGCUUCUGCUUUAACUGCCUUUGCACGGCACACACGAGGCACUGGUGUCCGUCGAGAAAAACGUGCAUGGUGUGCCAAAAUCACCAUCACACACUUAUACACAUGGAUGCAGCUGCAAAAAGAACAGUUCACAACAGCAGACCUCAAACUCCAUCACGAUCCAAAUCUGUAGACCAAAGACGUCCAUCUUCAUCUACACAACGGAAGAAAUCAUGCGUUGACGAGCGCCUCAGCCGACGGACAAAAACGCACGUUUUUCUGCCCACUGCCCUGGCACGAUGUCUUACUCCGAGAGGUCCAGAGAAAACAAGGGUCCUAUUGAACUCAGGCGGCAUUCAAACAAUAAUUGUACGAGGCUUGGUUGAAAGACUACACCUCAACACAACAAGAAAAGAUGGAAAAGAAUACUGCACGCUCAAUCUGCAGUCUUACCAAGACCCCACUGCCAAAAUACAAGUGUCUGGUGUAGUAAAGCCGCAGCUGAAUAUGAUGCUUCCAACAACGGUGUCAGAUGAGAAAUUAAAGAAGACCUAUGACCAGAUAACCGACUUAGCGGAUCCACACUUCUUUGCACCAAAGAACAUCGAGGUCGUAAUUGCUAACGAUCUGCUUCCCAAGAUUUUAAAGGCCGGCAUGAUACAAACCUCCUCUACGAUGCCCAUCGCCCAAAGCACCAUCUUUGGGUGGACAAUUUCUGGUCCCUGUCAAUAUUAAAUUGCACUAGUGCAAGGGGGCCGGCAUGUUGAAGCCAGUUCAACAAAAUAAAUAUUACAAUUGAAUUAAAUGAAUUAAAUUACACUGAAUUGCAUAUUUAUUAAGUAUCUCUAAGUUUACUUCCCAUGGAUUCACUUAUUUUGGUCAACUUGGCAACCCUUUAUCCAUUCUAUGCAAAAGGGCCAAAAGCUUUCACUCAAAUGGAUAAAGGGCGGCCAUGUUAACCAAAUUUCCAAUUCGCCCUUUUUAUAAAACUAUGCGCUUUUACCUUUCUCGCACCGUCAUCAAAUCACUUGUGCAGCAGCAACUUAAGAAAGCGGUGAGGAUUUGCGGAUUACCAAUAAAUAAUAUCAAUUGAAGUCUGACCUGUGGUGUUUUACUUUAUCUGCUUUUUUUCCAUGUUUUACACUUUGGGAGCAAUACUAUAAUAUACAGUCCACUUGCAGCUACAUACUUG